AUGUUGUGGGGUAAGGCGGAUCACGCUCACUGGGAGAUGCUGGGCAAGUUUUAUUCCCAGAUUGGAUCGCUGACUGAGCUCCGGGUGUUGGAUCUGAGAUCAGCCGCUUCGAUUCACAUCCCGACAGAGGUUGACUCCAACCAUAUGCAAGAGAUUGCCUUUGAAGAGGACUGUCUUCCUGGUAUGCUGAUCCUUGAGGAUCCUUCCAAGAGGCUGGGAUACUUGUCGAAACUCGCUGGACUGACGAAGUUGCGGGAGCUUCGAGGAUCGAUUGUGUGGAAGCAUAUGGCCGAUGAAGGGAGGAUGGGUGAGCAGGAAGUGGAUUGGUUUGUGGAACAUCUGCCGGCUCUUACUGUGGCUCAUUUCUUGCCAAAGGGAUACAAGUAUCCUGAGGAAGGAGUGGAGAAGGAGGAGGAGGUUCCUGGGGUGUUGCAACUUUUGCAGACAGCCACAAAUCUCAUGAUUGGAACGUCUCUACACCAAUUAUUGUAA